AUGAGGGUUUCGUCUACCAUCUUUGCCCCGGCACUCAUCUGGCCUCUUAUGGGCAACGUGAGCCUAGUGUGUAUCAUGGGGAAAUCCAACACCCCCAACCUGGACGCCGCUGUGAGCAGUCUCUCCCUGGCCGAUGACCGCAACUCCUUCGACGACCUCCGUAAGUACUGCGAGUCGCGCCCCAUGCUCGAGGUCAUCCGCUACCUCUCAGGCAUUACCCUCGACGGCCUAGUCAACGCACCGGAGAAGCUGCUCAAGGCUGUUCUCGUCAGCAUUGACCUUGAAUGGCACCAAUAUGAGCCGGAGGGUGAGAUCACAGAGGUUGGCAUAACAAUCCUGCGCGUCGAGGAUCUGCUGCACCACCCAGAGAAGUCGGACCUGCUAGGUCUCCUCAAGAAUACGACCCGGUAUCACUGCGUUAAGGAAACCUGCCACAUGCACAACAAGAAGUCGGGCCUGGAUGCCGAGAAGAAUUUCUUGUUCGGCUACACGCGGUUUGUGUUUGUCACUGUCGACGAGGCAAAGCAGAUCUUAACCAAUGUGCUGGAUGCGCAAACCUGCGACGACGGAAGCAAGGCUCCCGUCGCCAUGGUCGGCCACGCCUUCCAGAACGACCGAGGCAUGCUGAAGCGCAAAUGGAACCUCGACUUCAGCGUCGGCGGGCUCGACGCAGUCAUUAAUUCGCUCGACCUCAUCAUAAAGAAGAUGCGAGCAUACUACAUAUACAACUCCGCAGGCAGAAGGGGUAUCAUCAAAAGGUUCAGCGGUUUAGUACAGAAAGGAUCCACGGUUCAGUGUAGGCAACAACCAGCAAUGGGAGAUUUGAACGCCCAACGCUUCCGACUAGUCAUCUACUGGAUCCACUCGAUGAAGAAGCUCGCUCGUCAAGCCGGCGUGCUCGACAACGAGCCCAAAUUCGAGAACAUCAUGGAGAGCUUCGGCAUCGAGCCGAAGUGGCUUCGCAACGCAGGAAACGACACAGUAUACUGCCUCGUCCUCACGCUGCUCCUCGGGCUAUUCCCAAUCCUCUACCCCGACACACCGUCCGGCUUCCCCCUCGAUUCCUCGCUCAACGGGCUCUCUCUCAACAACAUCCCCGACCAAUUCUCCCAAUGGUGCAAGCAGCAACCCUCGCCCACCCUCGGCAACGCGCUCUUCUGCUUCUACUGCGAGAUCGCCGACGACCACCCUGCGGACAUUUGUCCGAACAAGGACCUGCAGGUCUGCCAUCUCUGCGCCGGCGCGCCGGGCAAGAAGAACUACCAGUAUCGGAAGAAGCCAAGGGGCAUCGGGCGAGUCGCUGCCUCUUCCAGUACCGGCACCACAUCCGGCCGCUGCCGGAGGAAGGGCAAUGAGCUGGCGGUGGGGAGGUUGGUGGCGCAGAAGACAUUGGGACCGGGGAGGAUGGGGGAGCGGGAGAUCGAGGGGGAGGAGCGGGGGCGGGAGAGUGCGGUGGAGGGUAGUGAGGAGAGCGUGGAUUCAGAUGAGGAGUGA